AUGGAACUUCGACGAGACCACCAGUUCGAUCCGUUUUCUUUCGAUGAACAAUUUCAAGGGCGCGGCGAUGACUUGGAUUUUUCUCAAAUGGACUUCAACGACCCCGCAACCAUGUCCAAGAUCCUUGGCAUGGACGUCCCCCACAAGCUACCAGCUGAAGUUCGCCGUGAUGCCCAACAGCUAUCCAUAUCUGUUUUAUCUACCUACGAGCGGUUGCAGGCUAUCGUCAAACGUCAUGAGGCUGUGGUUCAACAGCAAUGGUUGAAAAAGAAGAAGCAGCAGAGGCUCGCCAUCCUCAGAAGUGCCUGGGGGCCAGGGAUGCCCUCAAUCCAUCGUCCAGAUUUUGAAGCUUUCCGCAGGCAGUCAGGCCAGCACAUGCGUGGGAGCACAGAUUACAGGACCUCAUUCAUCUGGCCGUACAUCAACGAAGAAGAUCUUGUUAAGCCAAAGGCCUUGUUGUUGUUUCUCAAUGCGCGGGCAUAUCAUCAUCCCUCAGAAUUUGCGGGAGCCGAUUAUGAGGCAAUGCACCUCGGACUUGUCACGAAAAAUGUUGUUCCUGUGUUUCUCAACGAGUAUGUCAUGAUUCUCCAAGUGUCGAGCAACGUCCGGGAAUAUGGAAAACUGCUGGCCUGGAGCGAACACCCCGAUGCCUUUGAGUGGAUGCACACCCGCAAGCAAUUCCUACCAGGCGAGGGCCUUCUCGUUCUCGAAGCACAACAGAAAACCUUGAGUUUCUUGGUCAAUUGCUGCCAAAAUAUCCUCCAUGAUAUUCCCUCCAGCGACCUGACCGCUGAUACCUUUCCCCCUCAACCGGUCCCUUAUUUGAAGAGCGAGAAAGAGAAGGAUGGCUUCGAGUCCUUGGCUGUCAUGGCAGCGGAGGCCCCCUAUCGCCUGCCUGCACGAAUCGACUGGGACAGAAUCUGUUCAGUCUUGCAGGCCAAGAUGAUGGCGGCAGGAGAUCAUAUUUGGGCGUUGCGAGAAGACCCGGGAUACUUUGCCGAGCAGCUGGCUGAUGUCAAAGAGCACCGCCAAGAGAUUCUCAAAGAUACCAAUGGCGAUGUUCAUCCCACACUCGGGCGUCUGAGACCCAUCAAUCUUUGGGCUCGUGUCACGGGCGAGACAGUAUUUGAAGCCUAUUACGAAUAUGAGGUGUAUACCGAACUUCAUCGCCUGGCGAAGCAGUUGCGAGAAACACAUUCUGCUCAUGCAGCGUCAAUCUCACCUGAAAAAGACUUACCGGACGAGUUUCUCGAUGCUCUGCUCAAGUUCCGCCACUAUCUUUCCCAAGCAGCAAAAGGGCCGCUGAACCAACUCAAGCAAAGCGUAGUCGCUUCCCCGCCGAUGCGAAAAUUCUAUGUGCGGGACCCGCCUAUUUCUGCUGAUUCAACCAAGAUCUUCAUAAGAUCCAGGACGGAUGUUAAAAUGACCAAGGUUGAGAGCCAAUUGACUUGGUUACUCCGUAUUCUAUGGGAGGACGGAACAGACUUGUUUCUUAUGAGUAUGCCAUUGGCGUUAGACGAGUUGGACCGACUCCUGCAAGCUGAGCCAGAAGCAAAGGACCUUGUCACGGGACGUAUUGCCAGCAUGAUUGGCAACCUCUCCAUAAUCGCCCAAUGCUUCUCCCAGCUUGAGUUAUAUCAGCCGUGGGCGAGAAGCUUCAAAUCACAUCUCGUCGAAAGAAAUGACGGAAUCAUGAAAGAAUUUGCUGAACGGACCAGUCCAUGGGGCAAAAUGAUGGCAGUGAUGAGCGAAAGUAACAUUCAGCACAUUGUGAAGCUUGCUGACCCACCCAAUCACAAGUUUUCUUAUCCAUCUGAGAGGCGUCGUACCAAAGAAAACACGAAACUUCUCAUACAGGCAGAAAACAAUCUCGACAAGUUUUGGGCUGCUGUUGACCGUCAUAUGCGCUCUCGGCUUGGGGAUCAACUGGGCAUUGCGGUCAAGCGACUAUUAUCACAGCAGCGUGGCUUGCAGCGCACUCCCGAAUGGGUCGAAGCUCCAGUGACACUCAAAAACAAACAAAAACAGGAACAAUCCCUAGACGUCCAACUCGACAGCAUUUACAAACCAUUGUCCACACUAUACUUUGGAGAAUCGGGAGACAAAAGGGGGGAUGCAGUCCAACCCGAUGCCCCCUUCAAGGUGAAGGAAAAGACAAGGGGAGUAGCAACAAAGAAAACUCUCGUUGCUACUGAAGCUGGUCAAAGUACUGGGGUAUCUGAUGCCAGUGGUGCGGUUUCAAUCCCCGUCGACGCACGCUCAUUCAAGGUGUUCCGGACACUCUUUUAUGAUCCUGAUGUCACAUCUCAUCCGGGAGAGGUUUCCUGGAAAGACUUCCUACAUGCCAUGACAUCGACGGGUAUUUUCGCUGCCGAGAAGUUGUAUGGGUCUGUAUGGCAGUUUCAGAGAGUUGACGGGCUUGAUCAAAGCCGCAUCCAAUUCCAUGAGCCCCACCCGCAUGGCAAGAUCCCGUUUGUCGUGGCAAAGAGACAUGGUCGGAGGUUGAAUAGGAACUAUGGCUGGACUGGCGACAUGUUCACUUUGAAGGGAAGCGAAAAACACGAAGCCACAUGA